GAGGCUGCGUCGCUCCACUUGCUCGGCGUGUGUGUGUGCGCACUGGUAGGUCAAACGCCGUCUCGCAGCGCAGCAGCAUGUCUCGGUGUCUCCAGCUGGUCAAGUUCGCCCUGGGCUCCUCUCGGCGGGCCGGGGCACGGCUCCUGCCGCCGGGACGAGCGCUGAGCGGCAGAAGCGCUGCCGCUUCCUUCAGCGGAGGUGCCCAGGUGAGAGAGCAGCAGAGGUGGUGCAGCCGGUCCCGGGCGUGGAGCUCCCAGCACCCCAGCCUGGGCCUCAGCCAGCAGUCCUACUACAGCACCCAGGAGGCCGAGAAGGUCCCGGAGGAGGAGCCCUUGCACACCAUCAUCAGUGAUUCAGAGAAUGUACAAGGUAGCUUCUCCAAACACGAGUUUCAGGCUGAGACCAAGAAGCUGCUGGACAUUGUUGCCAGGUCCUUGUACUCAGAGAAGGAGGUCUUCAUCAGGGAGCUGAUCUCAAACGGCAGCGAUGCCCUGGAAAAGCUGCGCCACAAACUGAUCACAGGACAGGGCGAAGGGGCCGCCAUGGAGAUCCACCUGCAGACUGACGCCGCAAAGGGCACCUUCACCAUCCAGGAUACCGGGGUCGGGAUGAACCAAGAGGAGCUGGUGUCCAACCUGGGGACUAUUGCCCGCUCAGGUUCCAAGGCGUUCCUGGAUGCUCUGCAGAACCAGGCGGAGGCCAGCAGCACCAUCAUUGGUCAGUUUGGGGUGGGAUUCUACUCCGCCUUCAUGGUUGCCGACCGUGUGGAUGUUUACUCCCAGUCGGCUGAGCCUGGUACACCCGGAUACAAGUGGUCCUCAGACGGCUCUGGAGUUUUUGAGAUAGCCGAAGCCAGCGGUGUCAGACAGGGGACCAAGAUCGUGCUGCACCUCAAAGACGACUGCAAGGAGUUCGCCGCUGAGGACAGAGUUAAAGACGUUGUAACCAAGUACAGCAACUUUGUCAGCUUCCCCAUCUUCCUGAACGGACGGAGACUCAACACUCUGCAGGCCCUGUGGAUGAUGGAGCCCAAGGAGAUCAGUGACUGGCAGCACGAGGAGUUUUACCGCUAUGUUGCCCAGGCCUACGACAAGCCCCGCUACACGCUGCACUACCGCGCCGACGCCCCACUCAACAUCCGCAGCAUCUUCUACGUCCCUGACAUGAAGCCAACCAUGUUUGAUGUGAGCAGGGAGAUGGGCUCCAGCGUGGCUCUGUACAGCAGGAAGGUCCUGAUCCAGACCAAAGCCACCGACAUCCUGCCCAAGUGGCUGCGCUUCCUCAGAGGUGUGGUGGACAGUGAGGACAUCCCACUGAAUCUGAGCAGAGAGCUGCUGCAGGAGAGCGCCCUCAUCAGGAAGCUUCGUGAUGUUUUGCAGCAAAGGGUUAUCCGCUUCCUGCUGGACCAGAGCAAGAAGGAUCCAGAGAAGUACGGCAAGUUCUUUGAGGACUACGGCCUGUUCAUGAGGGAGGGCAUCGUCACGACCCAGGAACAAGACAUCAAGGAGGACAUUGCUAAGCUGUUGAAGUUUGAGUCCUCUGCUCUGCCGGCGGGCCAGCAGACCAAUCUGAUGGAGUACGCCUCCCGCAUGAAGGCGGGCACACGCAACAUCUACUACCUGUGCGCCCCCAACCGCCAUCUUGCUGAACACUCCCCGUACUACGAGGCCAUGAAACAGAAGGACACGGAGGUCUUGUUCUGCUACGAGCAGUUCGACGAGCUGACCCUGCUGCACCUCCGGGAGUUCGACAAGAAGAAGCUGAUCUCCGUGGAGACAGACAUCGUGGUCGACCACUACAAGGAGGAGAAGUUCCAGGACAGCAAGCCGGCCUCUGAGCGUCUGACAGAAGAGCAGGCUGAGGACCUGAUCGCCUGGAUGAAGAAUGUCCUGGGCCCUCGGGUCACCAACAUUAAGGUGACGCCUCGUCUAGACACCCACCCAGCUAUGAUCACGGUGCUGGAGAUGGGUGCUGCACGCCACUUCCUGCGCACCCAGCAGCUGGCCCGCAGCACCGAGGAGAGAGCCCAGAUACUGCAGCCCACACUGGAGAUCAACGCUGGACACGACCUCAUCAAGAAGAUGCACGCACUCAAGGAGACAAACUCUGACCUGGCCGGUCUGCUGCUGGAACAGAUCUACGACAACGCCAUGAUCACAGCAGGCCUGAACGAUGACCCCAGACCCAUGAUCUCCCGUCUUAAUGACCUGCUGACCAAGGCUCUGGAGAAGCACUGAGACCUUCACGCAGACACACACAGCACACACUGGCCUGGCUUUGAUGUCUGUGGCCCAAAGACUAAAGCAUUUAUUUGCAGGAGCCCCUCCAUUAACAGACAGCGCCGCGGGCCUGUGUUCAUCACUUGUCCUUCCCAUCUUGUUAAAAAAGGCCAGAAGACGACGUACUUAACACCCUCUGACUGAGAGCACACAAAACUGUAGUGGAGAUUUGGACUGCCGGAAGCCCUCGGACGGCUGUUUGCACCAGCAUGUCUCGUGGUUUUCCAUGAGCAGGAGGAUGGUGCCACAAGCAGAGCGGUGAUGAAGAUGCUCGGUAUUUCUUCUGUACAUGGAUCAGAACUUCGAUGUUGAAAGGGACUGGUGAUCAAAUUAAUAUUGGAUAAAGAUACGUGAUGUCCUCGCCAGCACUUAGAGUAGUUGCUGUUUGGCCCCUUUACGUCUUGUUCUUUUUAGUUUUUCAUGAACCCAUCCAAACCGGUGUGUCUCCAUGAGUUGCUUUCUUACUGUUUUUUUUUCUUCUUCUUUUAAUGUCAUAUUUAUGUUGCUUUUGAUCGAGAAGUAGGCCACUCAAAUGUAGGAAUGUUUCUUUCUUGUGCUGGAAGAUAUUUAAACCGGCUCAAUGUAAAAACAGUUUCACAACCAGGUGUAAUAAAUAUGUAUGCAGUAGAUGGUCUUCCUCUAGCUGAAAACGUCAUUUUGGUGUCAGUGCUCUAAUAAGGAUGCCUUCUGCUUCAUCAAUGACUCAACGGGUUGCAUUCAAACUUUUUUUUUUUUUUUUUUAAAUCAGUGAAUGUCACCUCAGUUGUAGACUAUUAAAUAUGACUGUGUUGUAAUUAAAAUGUUUAUGGAACCGUU